CUGUGAGGACGGCGGGAGUCAGAAUCCGUUUUGCGACCCACAUAUUUUAUAAAAGAAUCUCAGUCAAUUCUCGUGGUGAUGUUUCUGAGUUUGAACAGAACACAGCCGCCAUGCUGUGCCCUCAGGUCUGCCGGAAUCAGGGUCCGGGCAGGAAACGCGACUCUCGCAUGUUUGGUUCCGCGUCAUCGCGUCACUACUUUCACUUUCGAUUCCCAGGAAAAAGAACUAAAAGCCUGGACCCUGGACCCUGGACCGUCUCCUCCUAGAUCAUGUCGGCGCUUUAUGAAGCCGUAGUGGCGUUUAUAUCUCAUCAGCUAAAAUGUCCGAUCUGUUUCGAGCUGUUCAGUGAGCCGGUAAGUUUAGAGUGCGGACACAGUUACUGCCUCCAGUGCAUUACGGAUCAUUUAAAGCAGAAUGUGAAGAGGAGACACUGUCCCCAGUGUCGGGCUGAACUCAGGACAGACCGCAAACUCCACAAAAAUGUCACCAUCAGCGCCAUUCUGGAAUUACAGGAAGUGGGGGGUCGGGAAAUGUGGGACAGUCUCCUGACCGAAAGUGAGGAAGAGUUCACUCAGAGAAAACAGAACUUCCUGAAGCAGGAGAUGAAAAAGAGCAAAAUUCUGCAAGCUGAAUGUUUUAAUGCUGAAUUUCAGAUUGAGAGCUGCUCCAUUAGAGACAGGGCCAGGACUUGUGAGUCAUCAUCUUCAGGGGACGUGUCGAGUUCCUCACUGGACUGUGAUGAAGAUGUUCCGUGUGCUGAGAGGAGCGCAAGUGUUCCUCCGGUUCCUCAGAUUGAUGAGGUUCUAAAGAGCGCUGAAGCUGGUUCAUUGGAGAAUCGAAUGCAUGUGUCAGAAGAUCCAGACACUGUCAGAGGGAUCUCUGAUGGUGGAGCAGCUGCAGCUCUGGGUGCUGAGUUUGUCUCGCUGACCUUCUCACCUCAUCUGGUUCACCGUCGUUUAGUUUUCCUUUCUCAGAGACAGAGAAUGGAAGUGAGAUCGUCUUUGUCUCUGAGGCCGCAGCCGUGCCAUUUCGAGGCGUGUCAGUGCAUGGCAGAUCAGGAGUUCACCACAGGGAGGCACUAUUGGGAUGUAGAGACGAGUGAGUGCACCGGAUGGGCAGUUGGGGUGGCGUACGCCCACCUUAAGAAAAACGAGCGUCUCGGGAGGAGUAAAUCGUCCUGGUGUAUCGAGUGGAGUAACAGCAGCUUCAGCGCCUGGCACGAUGGCUCGGAGACACCACUGAAACACAGACACCCGAGCAGACUCCGAGUCAGACUGGAUGUAGACGCAGGACACAUCUCCUUCUGGAGUGGAGCGGAUGGAGAAACGGAGCUGUGUGAUGUUCAGGUGGAGUUCAGCGCUCCGGUUAGACCAAUGUUCUGGCUGUUCGGGACAAAACCAGGAAACGCCUUGUUCUUCCCCAAACCCUGACUCUUUCCUCACUCCUGAAAUCAUCCACACUGAGAUGGAGAACAUAAAAUAAUGAUUUUUUUUCAAAUAAAUCAUGACUGUAACGCAGAGAAAUGCUUUCGCUCGCUGUUAGAUCACAGAUUCAUUCAAAAUUCUUAUCCUGAACUUUAAUUCCCAACAUGCUGCAGCACCUCAUUACACGUCUCAGUUUUUAACUGUCUACACUCCAAGGCGUGAUUCUGGUCUUUUAGAGGUUCUCCUACUCGUUCUCCUACUCGUUCUCGUAUCUUCUGAGGGUGAGCUGGUUUUCUCUCCCUGUCGAGAUUAGACAGAGAGAUUCUUUAAGUGUUUAUAAAUCUGAUCUUUAAAACCAGGAAAACGUUUUCAAGACUGUUUUCAGGUGAUGUAUUUCUUUAUUUUUGUGAUGUUUAUUUUAAUGUACUUAUUUUAUUUGAUCAUUUUUCUUGAUUGCAUUUGAAAUGCACUUUGAGCUUCCAGUUGCA